AUGCUAUAACAAUAGGUGGCUCUGAAUUUUGAAUAUCUAAAACCAGCUUAAUAUUUGAUCGAUGCAAUAAUGCAUGAUCCACAAUAUAUAAAGCGGAAAGAGAGGUCUAAGAGUUAGAGAAGAAUUUGGGAGAAUGUGCCAUAUGAUGCUUAUGAAAAAGAGAAGAUGGCAGAUUUUAUGAAGAUAGUCGCAAAGAAUAAAAUAUAAUUACCUGCAGAUUGGCAAGAAAGUGAUACUCUGAAAAUGGUUUAUUGUGGCAAAUUUAAAGAUAAGAAUUACUUAAAAGUCUUACAAUCUCAUUUAGCCUGGAGAGCAGUGCCAAACAAUUUCUAACCCACUGAUAUCAAUAUUGCAUUUUUACAAAAAGGCAUUGUAUACACCUUUGGAAGAGACAGAUAGCAACGACCAGUCAUAAUAAUGAAUCUUGAAUUGGUCAAUUUAAAAUAGUUUAAUGAAGAGGUCUAUAUCAAUGCAUUAAGCUACUAUUUCGGUAUUAUCAAGAAAAACUGUUUUGUACCUGGCAAAAUAGAAAAUUGGGUAUUCAUAAUGGAUACUAAAAAAUUAGGACUUUCUAAAUUUCCAUUCAAAGCUAUUCAAAUUGCAACCAAAACUAUGCAAGUUAAUUUUUGUGGUUGUUUGGACAAAUUAUAUUUAUUAAAUCCUUCAAGUUCAUUGAGUUUUUCAUGGAAGAUGGUAUCUGCCGUUGCUGAUGCUGAUACAAUGGAAAAAGUAUUUAUGUUGAAGCCGAAUGAAUAUGCCAAAAUUUAAGAACGCAUCCUUUCAAAUCAAUUAGAAGAGUAAUAUGGAGGAAAAGUACCUAAUUUGACAAAAUUCUGGCCACCUAUUAAUAUAGAGAUUCCAGGGGGAUAUACUGAAGAAAUCUUGAAAGCAGUAGAAUCUAUGAAAACAGCUGAAAUAGUAAUUCAAAAAGAAGCGCCUGCCUCAGAAGAGGACGAAUUGAAAUUGUAGGAACAGAUGGCGAAAAUUCAAAUUAAGAAAGAAGACGAUGAUGAUGAUUGAUAAAAUUUUUAUUACAUUGAAUAAAUAUAAUAU